AGCUGGAGCCUCAGGGCAGCCUCUUCCAGGAAGUCAGGCACAAACCCUCACCUCCUCAGGCUACCUACAGGCAGAGAGGCACUGAAUAUUUCACAGGCCAAGACCAGGUCACAGAACCAUGAGUCAAGACAGCAAAGUGAAGACAACAGAGUCCAGCCUCCCAGCCCCGUCCAAAACCAGGAAGAGGUUGCCUGUCCUAGACCCAUCUGGGGAUUAUUACUACUGGUGGCUGAACACCAUGGUCUUCCCAGUCAUGUAUAACCUCAUCAUCGUGGUGUGCAGAGCCUGCUUUCCCGACUUGCAACACAGUUAUCUGGUAGCCUGGUUCGUGCUAGACUACACAAGUGACCUAUUGUAUCUACUGGACAUCGGGGUGCGCUUCCACACAGGAUUCCUGGAUCAGGGGAUCCUGGUGGUGGACAAGGGCAGGAUCGCUAGGCGCUAUGUCCGCACCUGGAGUUUCGUACUGGACCUGGCUUCGCUCAUCCCCACCGACGCGGUCUAUGUGAGGCUGGGCCCCCACACCCCCACACUGAGGCUGAACCGCUUUCUCCGGGUGCCCCGCCUCUUCGAGGCCUUUGACCGUACAGAGACCCGCACGGCCUACCCGAACGCCUUCCGCAUCGCCAAGCUGAUGCUCUACAUCUUUGUCGUCAUCCAUUGGAACAGCUGCCUGUACUUCGCCCUGUCGCGGUACCUGGGCUUCGGUCGUGAUGCAUGGGUGUACCCGGACCCGGCACGGCCCGGCUUCGAGCGCCUGAGACGCCAGUACCUCUAUAGCUUCUACUUCUCCACGCUGAUCCUGACCACCGUGGGCGACACACCGCUGCCCGCGCAGGAGGAGGAGUACCUGUUCAUGGUGGGCGACUUCCUGCUGGCCGUCAUGGGCUUCGCCACCAUCAUGGGUAGCAUGAGCUCCGUCAUCUACAACAUGAACACUGCAGAUGCAGCCUUCUACCCAGACCACGCGCUGGUGAAGAAGUACAUGAAGCUGCAGCACGUCAACCGACGCCUGGAGCGCCGAGUUAUUGACUGGUACCAGCACCUGCAGAUCAACAAGAAGAUGACCAAUGAGGUAGCCAUCUUGCAGCAUUUACCUGAGCGGCUGAGGGCAGAAGUGGCUGUAUCAGUACACCUAUCUACUCUGAGCCGAGUACAGAUCUUCCAGAACUGUGAGGCCAGUCUGCUGGAGGAGCUGGUGCUAAAACUACAGCCACAGACCUACUCACCAGGAGAAUAUGUAUGCCGCAAGGGGGACAUUGGCCGGGAGAUGUAUAUCAUCCGCGAGGGGCAGCUGGCUGUGGUAGCAGAUGAUGGUGUGACACAGUAUGCUGUGCUUGGUGCAGGGCUUUACUUUGGGGAGAUCAGCAUCAUCAACAUAAAAGGGAACAUGUCUGGAAACCGCCGGACAGCCAACAUCAAGAGCCUAGGUUAUUCAGACCUGUUCUGCCUAAGCAAGGAGGACCUGCGGGAGGUGCUGAGUGAGUACCCACAAGCCCAAGCCGUCAUGGAGGAGAAGGGCCGUGAGAUCCUGCUCAAAAUGAAUAAGUUGGAUGUGAAUGCAGAAGCAGCUGAGAUUGCCCUCCAGGAGGCCACAGAGAACCGGCUAAAAGGCCUGGACCAGCAGCUCGAUGACCUCCAGACCAAGUUUGCUCGCCUACUAGCUGAGCUGGAGUCCAGUGCACUCAAGUUAGCUUACCGCAUCGAAAGGCUGGAGUGGCAGACUCGAGAGUGGACAAUGCCAGAGGACAUGGCUGACGCUGAUGAUGAGGCCGAGCCUGGGGAGGGAACUUCCAAGGGUGGAGAUGGAAGGGCUGGCCAGGAGGGACCCUCAGGCCCAGAGUGACAUCAUCCUGCCUCCGAGACUCUCAGCUCCAAGUGAAUCCAGAGUGAUAGGAAAGCUU